AUGAGUUGUUCGAAGCUAUCUAAAAAGCGAAAAAUUGAAGAGGAAUGUCGUGUUUUUAAUGAAAAUUGGACUGAAAAGUAUUUCUUUACCGAUGUUGGAGUGAAAGCUGCAUGUUUGAUUUGUUCUGAAACAGUUGCUGUGUUCAAGGAAUAUAAUUUGAAACGCCACUUUCAAACGAAGCAUGCCAAUUUUGGACACAAUUUAUCAAAACAAGAACUGCAAAAGAAAGCAAAUGAUCUGACAAAACGUUUGAAGCAACAGCAAAAUAUGUUUGAUAAAACUUCCUCUUUACAAAGGAACGCGACAAAGGCAAGUUUUAUAUUGGCCAACAAAAUUGCAAAGCAAAACAAAUCAUUCGCAGAAGCAGAAUUUAUCAAAGAUUGUAUGGUUGAUGCUGUCAGCGUUGUGUGUCCUGAAGUUAAGUCAAAAGUAGAAGCCAUUUCCCUGUCACGAAGAACUAUUGUUCGUCGCAUUGAUGCAAUUGCCGUGAAUAUUCAUGAACAGCUGUUAACAGCCAGUGGUCGAUUUCAGUGGUUUUCUAUCAGAGGAAUUGACGAAAACUUUGAAAUUACAGAGGAAUUGUUAUCUAUGGAGUCUCUCAAAGACACUACUACUGGAAAAGAUUUGUUCAACAGUGUCAUUAACAGUUCAAUCAGGUCUGGAUUAACCCUAAAUAAACUGGCCAGCAUUACAACCGAUGGAGCUCCUUCACUCACCGGUAAACAUUCCGGCCUUGUGAAGUUGUUGAAUGACAAAAUCAAAGAAGAUUUUUCCACUACACAGUGUGUUGUCUUUUCACUGCAUCAUACAUCAAGAAAGCCUUUGUAA